AUGGCGUCAAUUGCUGCGAGACAGCAUGUUCAUAAUGGCGGUGCGAUGGCCAUGGCAGCAGGCGUGCCAGGCCUAUUCCAUAUGCAACGAAUUUUCUGGUCCUUCGUCGGCGCCGCGAUUGCAACCGCUACGAUAGCCAAUGUCCUCAACAGAGUUAUUGCCUAUCAGAGGUUAUCGUCAAAGAACAAGCCGUCCCCCUCGAAGCCAGAGUCAUUCUUCUUUCGAAGUCAUGCCACAAUUACGGCAACAAUCAGAGAAUAUUCCAACUACUCCACUCCAUUAUCGUUUCGAAACAAACACUUCUAUCUUCCUCCAGUUGGUCUUAUCACCACCAUGGUGGCCUAUAUCGUACUGAUAGUUGUUUGCGUCUUCUACCGUUUCAACGUCAAGGAUUUCAGGGAUUUCGAGGACAUAGGCUACCGCUCAGGAUUUAUUGCUGUUUGUCAGAUGCCACUCAUCGUCUUGCUGGCUGGCAAGCGCAAUAUCAUUGGCUUUUUGAGCGGCAUGGGAUACGAACGGCUAAGCUGGUUUCAUAGAUGGACAGCGAGAGCGCUUCUCUUCACCGUUCUUAUCCACAUGGGAUACUGGUUUACCUCCUGGGAUAGAUACGACUAUAUUAUGGUGAAAAUAAAGACGGAUCCUCUCACUCAGAAAGGUAUCGCGGCAGGAGGUGUUUUGCUAUGGCUCGUUAUAUCAUCCUUCGCUCCGAUCCGAAAACUUUCAUACGAAGUUUUCGUAGUACAACAUAUUAUAUCCUGGCUCGGCUUCGUCGCUGCUCUCUAUUUUCACAUCCCGGACGAGAACAAGAUCUGGAUCUGGCUUCCUCUUGCAUUUUGGGCCUUUGAUCGAUUUGUUCGCACGAUGUACAUUUUUUACUACAAUCUGGCAAUAUUCCACAAGACUAGCUCUGGGCUUAUAGCUUGUAAAGCUACAUUUGAGCCUCUUGACGAAAACCACACUCGAAUUACAAUCCCAAAUCCCCCAAUCACAUGGCAAGCUGGCCAACAUCUAUUUCUCGCAUGCCAUGUGUUGGCACCACUAUCUGCUCACCCUUUCACUAUUGCCAGUUUGCCGGAAGAUGGAAAAUUGGAAUUUGUAGUACGGGCGAAGAAAGGUGCUACGCGAAGGUUCUUCAAAUACGCGGAGAAAGUCUGGCCAAGUCUACCCUCAUCACAGGCAAACCAGAAGGGUCGAUCGGUCUUCAUCGAAGGUCCUUACUCCAAGAUCCGAUCAUUGAGGCAAUUCGACAGUCUUGUGUUCAUCGCAGGAUCCACUGGUGCGACCUUCACGGUGCCACUAAUGAGAGACGUCGUGCAACAAUGGAUAGGAUCCAAGUCGUCUUCUUCUCCAUUUUCUGGAUUCAUGACACCUGCUGGAGCCGUGACGCGUUAUAUCAAAUUCGUAUGGGUUGUUAAGAGAAAAUCAUCAGUUGCAUGGUUUGGUUCUCAGCUUGAGGCGGUGAUCAGAGACGUCGAGUCUUUGAGAAAUGAGGGGCUUGAUAUUGCGGUGGAAAUUAGCAUAUAUGUCACCUGUGACGACAUGUUGACCAGCGGUCAAUCUUCGAUCAAGGGCGGCGAUACUCGAGGAAAUUUGACGGAAUAUGCCCAAGCGUCGGGCAGAGAAAGUCCUGUGGACGAGAAGAAGAAUUUAGAUGGCAGUAUUGCUGAGAUAAGUUCUAUCUCAGAAGACAAGGACUGCUGUUGCACACGCGUCAUCACAGAUGAGGAUGCCAUCGUGCCUCCUUGCAAUUGUGCAUCAAAAAGGCGACAGCGAGAGUCAGGUUCUUCAACCUCUAGUCUCCAGAAGACAGCUAGAGUAGUUGACUCGAGGAUAGCGGUCCUUUCCGGACGCCCCCAUGUUUCCAACAUAAUCAGGAAGACAGCGGAGGUGGCUCUCGGCGAGAUGGCAGUGGUAGUGUGCGGACCUGCUGGACUGGUUCAAUGUACGAGAAAUGCUGCAGUAGCUAUUAGUGACGAUCGAGCGGUACAUAAGGGUACAGGAGCUCAGGGCAUAUAUGUGCAUGCUGAGACCUUUGGCUAUGCUUGA